UAACCAUUGAAUUUUAAUCAACGGAUGAGAUUAUAUCCUAAGGUUAUAAUCGAAAUUCGAUCCCCAAUUUUUCUCUCUCUUUCCUCACUUUCUCUCUUAUCGAACAACAAUGGCGUUGCGUAGAUUCAUCAACAAGCUUCGAGGUGUUACAGUGAAGGAAGUUCCCGGCAAGGUGAAGUCUAUGCUAUCUUUCUCCUACCUCAAGGAAUCAUUUGCCAAAGGAAUCGACGGUUACCAUGCUAAAUACAUCGAGACUGAUUCAAUCACGCCUCUUUACCAUGUUUGCUUUGGUGGUAUGGCCUUCUCUUACCUUGUUGCUCUUCCCGAGGAACGUCGUCAUCUUGAGCAUGCCCAAAAACAUGGUCAUUGAUCUCCCUCCUUUUUCAGGUUGAAUUGCUGAUGUUGGAGUCGGUCUUUGGUGGCGAAUUUUUGGAGCAAUUGGUGGCCGCUGUGUGGGCGUCCGAUAGAGAUGCGGCUGCUGAUGUUGCGACUGGCUGCUAUGGUGGUUAUUGCGAUAGCUGGUCAUGUGAAUUGGCGGAGGUUGGUUGUGGAUUUGGAGGGUGCGAGGUGGAUGAACUACAUGGAUGGCUAGGCGAAUUAAUUAAGGUGGCUGGUGGUUGUUGUGGAAACGCAUAGCUACUGUGUGUUGUUGUUGGGUUGUGCUGAAAUAGGAGAUAGAAGAAUUAGCCCGUAUAAAAUCCGCCCGCAAGCAGCUCUUUGUGACUAAGCAAUCUGACCAGUCAAUGAAGGAUGGUGAAGUGCUAGAGAGUACAAAGGAAGGGGAGGUAUCCUCUGUGAGGUGGUGGUAUGGCAUGGAGAGAGGUGGAAAGGGAAGCUCCUGCAAGCCCUGGAAGCAGUGGGUAUGCUGGGGAGAGAGGUAGAAGAGAUUGGAGAGAGAGAUGGAGGUUUUGUCAAUGGCAUUGUUGAUUCUCAACCAGCUUGGGCUCCCAGCAAGCGACAUGUCAAUGAGAUCUCUAUCUCAAUCACUGCCCUUUCAAUUACUUCAUCAUCAUCAUACUAUUUACUUAUAGUAUAAAUGUAUAAUCAUAUCAAUUUGAAAAAGUGCUUUUUUGAUGAUUAUGCAUUUCUUUGAUUAACAAUUAGUUUUUCGGAACCCAAAGAUAGAUGUAUAAUCUAGGAUAAAUAUGUUUGUUUGUGGGUAUUGGUUUACGGAGGGAGUAGUAUCAAGCAUGAGAAGAAAUUCAUUAAUGUGUUGGCAUUGUUAAUUAAUCUAUCAAGUCACAAUGUUUUGGUGUGUGAAACUGUUGAUGACCAAUUGCGGUAUGAAUAUGUAGGAUGAUGCCUCUGUUUCAUGGAUUUUCAGCAACAUAGUGACCUUAUCUUUGUAUAUAAUGACCUUUAUGUAAAUGUGGUCAAAAUUGAUAUAUUUACCCUACUUUUGUAUAUAGUGCUUCUAUGAGAAUAUGAUCAAAAUUGAUAUAGUUACCUUA